GCCGUGCCCCCUCUUCACUCCUGUGCGCAAGCGCCUGUCGGGGCUGUUGUCCGCCUGAGGCGGUUUGUUCCGCUCAGCUGUCGUUUAAAUGGGUUUCGUGUUAAUACGCACUUAUUUUUGAGGUUUAAUAUAAAUGCUGCAAACUGAAUUCAGACAAAGCCAAAGAUGCCCGUGCCCUCACAGCAGUAGGCUAAUCCAACCCCACUGGUAUCCCAAGUUCUCAUUCAUAUAUAAAGGCUAUCCACGUCAACCAUUCGUAACUUGAAAAAGUUUCAGAUGUUUUCCAACCAGGAGCUAAAAGAAGUUCAACAAGCUGUAAGAUUGGGAAGUGACUAGAAGCAAAAGCAAAGUCCUUCAAUUCUUGCUGCAGAUGAUUUUUAAAGAGCAGCCAGGACACCAUGUUGAUCCAUUUAUGGACAACCAAGAAUUUGUAGGUCCACCCCUAUCAAAGGAUAGCCUAAACCUUUCUGGGGAAAGCUGUUUUGCCAACAAGGCGGAUUCGUAUCAAACUGCUGACGCUGCAACAAACAUGUUAAGUGAUAAAGAUCCUCUGCUGCCAUCAUCCAGUACGCCGUUCAGAUUGGAGCUGCAGGCAGAUGGUACUGAGCAGUGCGAGAUAAGCACAACUGAAGUCUUGAAUUUGGAUGCUGUGGGAGAUGUCAUCACCUCAGUUGAUGAACACAGAGUGUCUGAUCUUCAAGAGUCUUCACAGAACAGCAGCAACUCUGAGCCCCUUCCAACUCAAACAAACAGGAAAUCCCCCCGUCUCCACACACCAGUAGCCAUAGAGGAGACAAAAGAGGAUGAAAACAAAGAUCAGUCUCCAAAAAUUAUCCACCCAACCAGUAAAGAAUUUAAAAAGACAUGGGGAUUCCGACAAACAACUAUUGCAAAGCGUGACAACGCUGUAGAUGCGGAGAACUCUGACACUGCUCUAAGUGAGAGUUCAGACCAAUUAUCUUCACUUAGAAGGAGUAGACGACAGACUCAGCGAUCUGCACGGGUUCAAGAAUUUAUUUCGGCAGCUCAAAAACGUUAUCGCCGAAUGACGGACUUUGAAGGCGGUGAAUUUGGCUCCAUUGCAGCUUGUGAGGCAGGAACAGGUUCUGAUGGUAGCGCAGAAAUUGACGAAAAGCCUAUUGGAUUGCUGAACCUGGGUUCUGGUAAUACUGAAGCAAUGAAUGAAGUGGCCAACUCUGAUGAGGACAACAGCACCAAUAGUGACAGUGAUGAACUUACUUUAAAGGAGCUCCAGAAUCAGUUGAGAAAGCGACGUGAUCAGGAACAGUCUGGUUCACCACAGAGUAAACAGAAAGUACAGGAAAAGAGUACAGAAGAAAAUAAAGUCAAAAAUGAAUCAAAGUCACUUGGCACUACCAAAACUAAAAAGCAAAUAAUUAUCCCUACAAAAAAAGGUGCUAAAAGUGAAAAAGAAUCCACAUCACAAUCUGGGGCUCCUUCAGAGAGUGAAGAUGAAGGCUCAGUUGCCCAAUCAGAUAAUGGCUACAAUGACCCUGAUAAACUGUAUUGUAUAUGUCGACAACCACACAGCAACAGGUUUAUGAUUUGCUGUGAUCGUUGUGAAGAAUGGUUCCAUGGUGACUGCGUGGGAAUUACAAUGGCCAGAGGACGCUUAUUGGAACGCAACGGAGAGGACUAUAUCUGUCCUGAUUGUAGUCCUUCUCCAAAAGAUUCAGAUACCACAGAAAUGAAGCCUGGCCAACAGGAAAGUAAACCAGUCCGUGUAGGCACUGAUGAGCAAAACGCUGCAGCUGGAAAACGAGAUGGAAGCACCACCGCUGACCAGGGAAUAAAGGGCAGGAUUGAGAAAGCAGCUAAUCCAAGUGGCAAGAAGAAAAUCAAAAUAUUUAAACUGGCAGUUAAUGUUGCAGCAGUACCAAAAUGUAUUGGGCCGGGGUGUGGCAACCUCGCCUCUACUGACUCAGUGUACUGUAGCAAUAAUUGUAUCCUCAAACAUGCCGCAGCCACUAUGAAAUCACUCAGCCAAGCCAAGGACCAGAAACAAAAACCAAAAGAGAAAGGAAAAUCAAAGCCUGAAAAGCUGACUUCAUCCAAGUCCUCGGCAGAGGCGAGUUUGAAACCACUUACAGCUGGUCCACACAAAUCCGAAGAACUAAAUACAAUGGAAAUGCCGACCAAGAAAUCGGUAGUAUUAGUCCAUAAGAACCCCAUGCCAUCACUAAAGGAAACUGUAUCGAGCACUGGUGCAGGGACAUGGACGAUUGAUCAUAAUUACAACGCUGCUAAACCAGAAAAGAAUGUGAUAUCAACUUCCGUUUUUUACGAAUCGUUUCAACAAGAGGGCUCAGCUGACAAGAGAACCAAUUCUGCUUCAGUGGAUGAACAACCCAAUGCAAGUGUGCAAGCUACGUCCUCUAAACCAUCAAUUACAACAGUGAAACAGUCAGUCAAUACAGUGGAGCAUCGUGCUGUAACUAAACGACCUAUUUCUGCAACUCAACAACUUGCUGUUUCUAAACAUAAGGCUUUGUCCAAACAGACAAUUUUAUCUAAGUUGCAAGUUUCAUCGAAGUAUCCAAUUUUGUCUAAGCAGCAGUCUUCAUACCGAAUACCAAUGAAGCAUUCUGCUCCCACAGCAAAACAGUCAGUGCAUCUAAGUGAACAGUCUCUGGCAAAAAGAUCAGGGGAUAAGCAACAGUCAAACCCUGUUGUGAAAAACACCAAUCAGUUAUCCAACUCUCAGAUCCGCCAAAACAUCCGACGCUCGUUAAAGGAGAUCCUUUGUAAAAGGGUGAAUGAUUGUGACGAUCUUCGUGUAACUGAAGACACAAUAGGAAAGAUAGCAGUGAAUGUUGAAAAAGAGCUUUUCACCCUGUUCCAAGACACUCACAGCAAGUACAAGAGCAGAUACCGGAGUAUUAUGUUCAAUUUGAAGAACCCCAGGAACCAGGGACUCUUUCGGCGUGUUGUACGAGAAGAGAUUGUUCCUUUCCAUUUGGUACGUAUGAGUCCUGAAGAAAUAGAAUCAAAGGAACUGGCAGUUUGGGGAGAACAGGAGAGCAGAACUGCACAGGAAAGAUUGCAGCGUGAAACCAAAGGAACAGCCUCCCGGGCAGCGAACACACAUGAAGUUGAUAUGGAGGAGGCACCACCCAUGUCAGAUGCUGAUGAGCAAGAAGAUGCACACCCUACUCAGAAGACCAAUCUCCCGCUACCUGACAUCUUCAACAGCAUGCUUAAAGACACGACAAAUGAACAUCGAGCCCACCUGUUUGAUCUGAACUGCAGAAUCUGUACAGGUAAAGUUCAAGUCUCGGACGAUGAACCAGUGCCUAAAAAGCCAAAAGUGAUAGCCAGAAAACCAGAACCAAAAGCAAAACCAAGAGCCAACGUGAGGCAGCAGCAAGAACAGGACCAACGAACAUUGACUGCUUCACCACCGAGUGAGCAGCCUGCUACAACCCAAGAAAUGACUCCUCUUUCCAAAGCAUCAGAAGGCCUGCCAACUACCAAUGUGGUUACUACACAGCUCGCUUCAAAACCUGUCCGCAGUUCCUUCAUGUCACCAGUCAAUAAUCCAACCUGGGCUGCUGUGGCCAACCCACCAUCCACCAUUGUAGUUUCCAGUCUUAGUGUCCCAAAGACUAUAUUUUCAUCUUCAACGCCAACUGCAGUUUCUGGGACAGUGAGAACUGUUAAAAAAGGGGAAGAGGAUUUACCAAAAUCCAUCCUGACAUCUGCAGUUCCAAAAUCUAUACUGUCAAAACCAUCAGGGACACCUGAGCAAAAGUACAGAGUAUCAACAGCAAGAGUUUCGGAAUCAAAAACUCAAGUGGAAUUGGAUACUUCAUUAUUUCUUUCUCACCUGGAUGCAAUUUGGAAAGGAUUCAUUAACAUGCAUGGUGUUGCAAAAUUUGUUACUAAAGCUUUUCCAGUCUCUGGAUCUAUUGACUAUCUUGUAGAGGACUUGCCAGACACAAUUCAUAUUGGUGGCAGAAUUUCACCCCAUACAGUAUGGGAUUAUGUAGGAAAACUGAAGUCAUCUCUCUCCAAGGAAGUCUGUCUCAUUCGUUUUCACCCAGCCACGGAGGAAGAGGAGGUCACCUACAUCUCGCUGUACUCCUACUUCAACAGUCGCGGGCGUUUUGGCGUAGUGGCAAAUAACGCCAGACACAUCAAGGACCUCUAUCUAAUUCCGCUUGCUGCUAAUGACCCGAUUCCUUCCAAAUUAUUACCUUUUGAGGGCCCAGGUUUGGAAAAGAGUCGACCCAAUCUCAUCCUGGGGCUGGUCAUCCGGCAGAAGGCCAAGAGGCGGCAGCAAGACCUCGAGCCCGCCAGCCUCCCCGAGUCCGAGAAGCCUGAAGCCACCAGCUCGGAGGAGAAAAGGAGUCGGCUCUCUGUGGCUGAGGAGAUGGAGGUGCAACGUUACACCGCGUCCAUGGUCAGAGAGAGCAAGCUCGCCAAACCCCACGCGUUGCCCGGAGAGCCGGACGCCUCAACCCCUCCUCAGGUCUCCCCACCCGCCGAGCUCCGCGGGGAAUCGGUCCCACCACUGGCCAAGGUCCACAACGCGAGCACCGCCGCCCCGACUCAACCACCGGCCGGCGCCAACUCGACGGCCGCGCCCGGCGGCUCCGCGUCCAAAGUGGCCAACCCCCUCCAACACAUCCUCCAGACUCUCUUCGGUGGCAAGAAAACCUUCGACAAAGCCAAGGACUCUCCCGACUCUGCGGGCUCCACCCCGGAGCCAGAAGCGGGCGCCUCCUCCACCCCACUGAUAGACCCCAUCGUCCAACAGUUUGGGCAACUGAAAGAAGACAAGGCGGAGCCCGAGGUGGAGGACGAUGACAACCGGCCCUAUGACCCAGAGGAAGAGUACAAGCCCGAGGCCGAGAAGGUCUACGACCUCGAGGAUGCAUACGACCCGGCCGACGAGACCAUCCUGGAGGAAGCCAUGGUGACUGUGGUCGGGGGCGCGGUUCCAACCAUGGACUCCAAGAACAACGGCGCGGCCCCCGAUCUCUACCUCCCACCGCUCUCCGUCUCCUCGUCCAUCCAGGAACAGCAGAAAAUGCUGGAUACCUUGAACAAGCAGAUCGAGGAGCAAACGCGCCAGCUGGAAGAGCAGGAAGAGGCGCUGAGGCAGCAGCGGGCGGCCGUCGGGGUCUCCAUGGCUUGUUUCUCAGUUUCGGACGCUUUGAUGUCUCCGCCGCCCAAAUCUUCCCACAAAUCCGACCCGUUCGACAUGUCGGAGGCGGCCAAAGGACAGCUUCCUGGCCCCGAAUCCACCCCCUCCUCCUCCGCGGGACCAUCUCAAGUGAUUGACCAGCGCCGGGACCCCCGGCAAGCCGCCGUUAGGAGAGCGAUCCCCAACCAGCUCCCGGGCGCCCGGAAGGAGGUGCUCGGGGAAAGCGCACCCGCUCCGGCUGACCAGCUACUCGCUCCUACUUACAGCAGCCCCAGUAUCCAAGUCGCGGCGCCCACCGUCGGGGCUAGACUUCUCCAGGAGCCCGCGGCGCCCGCCCCCCAGACGGGCGGGGAUGUCCCGGCCCCUGGUGGGAUCUCGGUGCAGCCGCCGGUCUCUCUGGAAACGAUGCCGGCGCCGGUGUGCGCGCCCCAAACGCUGGCUUUGGUGGACCAGGUGCAAGUCGUCCAACCUCCGACCAAAGGUCUCCUUCCCACCCCAAUUCUCCCACCCCUCCUGGGACCCACGUUCGCCAACGCCGGCUGCUUCCCCUCGCCUGUCCGUGGACCCCAGAGCUUCGGGAACAAGCAGGACAACUUCCACUCUUCCGCCAUGCAGCAAGCGAUGGGACCUUACCCAAACUUCCAGCAUCCUAACAACCAGCCCGACUUCAACCGGGAGACGCGACCUCCGUUCCAGCAGCAGAAGCCACCGUCGCAUUUCACAAGAGGAGCUCCGGGCCCCCGGUACCGCUUCCAAGGGCAGCAGCACCUUGGCUACGGCAACCAACCUCCCCACCCCGUGGGCAACCAUUCCCCGUCUCCCCAUGAACCGCCCCCGGUUCAACCUGGUUCGGCACAGCUCCCGGAGACCGAGGGACAGCGCCCAGGGGCGGCACAAUCUCGGCAGACCACGGCCCGGGAUCGUGAGCGACCCAGGGGUCACCGAGAGAGAUCCCGGGACAGACAGGAAUGUCCCCCGUCCGAGUCUCGCUACGGGCCGGAGCGAGGAGACGCUCGCCACCCGGCCGAGCGGUUCCGCAGGGGAGCAGAUGACAGACGGAGAGACAGGGAGCGAGAUUAUGGGCGACCGUGGGAGCGGGACAGAGACCGGGAGUGGGACAGGAGCAAAGAGCGCGAUCGAAGCAGGAACCGGGAGCGGGAACACGAGCGGGACCGGGAGCGUUACAGGAGGAGGGAUCGGGAGAGGGAGCGCAGCAGAGACCGGGAGCGAGGCAGAGAGCGGGAGACCGACAGGGGCAAAGAGAGCAAGGGCGAUGAGUGCAAGAAAGCGGCGAGCGAACCCUCUGCUCCCAACAACAUCAAGCCCGAGUCGUGAGGCGUCCAGGGCGAGAUUGAGUGACUGAUGCCGGGUCUGUUCACCCGCGCCGGUGGGGAUAUGGACCAGAGUCCGAGCGGGCGACGACCCGACACGCUGGACAACUCAGGACUCCGGGGACCGGUUAUCAACUUUGCUCCCGGCCCAACCAGCCUUUCGCACUUUUCCCCCCCUACAUUUUAUCAGACCACGGUUCUAGAUUUUAAGCGGUCCCGAGCCGAUACAAUCCUUUUUUUGUUUGUUUUGAUAACUGUUCUGAUAUCACGUGGCCGUACGCCGCGUUUCCCGGGUACAGAUACACCUAAGCUCAAGACUUGUCGGCGAGAUGCUUUAUCCUGGACCCGCCACCACCUUCCCCUCAUGGAGGCGAGACCAGCGUUGACGGGGCACCACUGGAUUUCAGGACGUUUGCCCGGCCAUGUCUCCCCGAAUGGUGACCCCAGGGACGGAUGUGUUACCCAAACCAGAGUGGCCGCGGUAGAAGGGACAGUGUGGGCUCCAAGGGGAAAUUCCAUCUCCAUUCUCUGUACCUCUUCAGUAAUCUCUGUUCCCAGAGCUAGAGUUAAAUAUAUUUUUAAACGGUGGUGGUGGGGGGCGAGAGAGAACAAACUGCGGCGCCGAAUAUGAAUGAAAUAUUUUCGUCGUUUGAUAUUGGUGUUCAUUGUGGUUUGCUGGUGAUUCCGGCUGGUGUCCGUGUAGUUGGCAUGAAGGGUUUUUUCACUGCACCUGUCCUCGCGGCCACCUGUUGGAGAUGUCCUGUCUGAUCAUUAAAUCUUCAGGAAUCCUCCUUUUGUAUAUAUAUGUGUGUGUGUGUGUAUAUAUAUAUCCACUAAGAAACACGCCUGCGCCUGAAGCUCGGGUAACGACAAGAAAGAAGUAAUUGAAAUCUUCAGUCAAACACCGGUGGCGGGGUGGCGUUUGAGAAUGGGUUUGUAAAACGUUUCUGAAAAGCUCAUUUCGAACGUCUGAGCCCGUGGAUUCGAGACUCUCCAUCCUGUGUGUGUGUGGGGGGGGGGGGGUUCUAAAGAAAAAACCCUCUGAAAUUUAAAAUUCCCAUCAUUUCAAAAUGACAACUUAUUGUCGAUAUGCAGUGUGGUUUUGUUUUUUUCCCCCUCGCCACCUUUCACUACUCGCAGAUACUUUCUGUCAGCGUCGUGUUGCCCCAAUUCUGAGUAUGUUCGGGUCCUAACCUAAGAUCACACUAACUUCAUUUUUUAACGUGUUAGUGAAGCCUACAAACGUUAUCACUGGAUGUACAGAUGGAAAUAACCGGCUUUGAUUUGCUUACAGUGUUUCAAAAGUGAAAUGUACAGUAUAAUUAAAAAAUUACAAUUUAAA